GCAAGAUAGUUUUGCUUCUUUAAAUAAUGGCGGCUUCUAAACAUGUGAUCCAAAGAGUUUAAAAAAAAAAAUGGUGUAUUCGCCUAAAAGGCACGUUGAAUCCAUAAAACAGCUUAUAAUUAUUGCAUUCUCAAAUAAGAAUUCAAUUAUUAAAAAACUUGGUUUAACACCCCAAGAGGUGUUUGAAAUAUGGGAUAACGUGUCACAGUUUGUUGAACAUCAUUUGGAGAAUAAAAAGGCUGUAAAAAUACCUGGUUUGGGAGUGUUUACUUUUACUUCAGUCAAACUUGAUGUAUCACAAAAAAAAUUUAUUCUUAUACAAAAGCCUGUAUUUGUUAUAUCCGAAAAAUUUGCUCAAAACCACAAGUUGUCACAAGUAAAAUACUCUAUACCAGGUGAUAUUCCAGUGAUUCCAAUAAACUAUUCAGCUCUUUCUCACAAUUUAAAUAUUAGUCGGGAUGUUGUUGAAGCAUCUAUAAAAGAAGUUGUAAAUGCGUUUGCACAUAGUAUAGAGUAUAAUCCUACUUGCCACUUAGGUUUUACAACUCUUGGAAGUAUUUUAAUACAUAACAAUUUGGUUAAAAUGAAGUUCUUGCCUUGCUUUUUAGAGAAAAUUCAACAAUCAGUUGGGCUUGCGAAUAUUUUCUUUAAAAGACAAACAUUGCAUAAAGACAAGUUUCCAUAUCAACUACAAAAUAUUAUUGAAGAUGUUUAUCUUGAAAAUAAACAAAAAAAAGAUAUAGAAGAUGACAUUGAAGGCACAAGUUUAUUGAAAGAUUGUCCGAAAAUUCGUGAUGCUCGAAUUGCAAUGUAUUUUCAAAAUCUUCCAACAAUUCAACAGAACUUAGAUGUUUCUACUCCUUGCAAAUCAAAUGCAGUGUUUCCCACUACACCACCAAAAAAAGCACCCCAUUCAAAGUCAGUUAACUUUAAGAAUACUUUAAAAAAUCCAAUAAAAGCGAUUAACUUCAAUAAAGAUUCAAUAGAAGAAUUGAAGAAAGUUUCAGAUACCCAAUGUGGAAAUUGUAUGAAAAAUAUGACUGAUUUUUGUUACUUUUGCUAUAACCACACUAAACAAAAUAUAGAUGUUAAUAAUGCAAAUCAAAUGAAGAAAAAAGAGCAUGAAUAUGACCAUAUUCAGCAACUUAUCAAACAUAGUAGAGAUAGUGAAGUUGAAAAGUUAGAAAAGCAUAUGAAUGAUAGAAAGGUAGAAGAAGCUCGCUUGGUAGCAGCCUCAAAUUUAGAAAAUUCUGAGAUAGCAAGAAAUGAACAUAAACAAAAAUCACAUGAGUUUAACCGCUCUUUUUUGUUCAAAGAUCGAUUGGUUACACCCCCAUUUCAUGUCAAACAAGCAGAUUAUGGAGGAGCACUUGAUAUUCAGGUCAAUGAGAGAUUUCAAACUAUGAAGAAUGAUCAUAGUAAGUAUAAAUUCCUCGAUACCAUUGAGAGAAUCCAGAUAGCGGACAAUUACCAGCAAGAACAAGAUAAUAAUUACAAAGUAAAAAAUUUUAAAUCAGAAGAAUACCGUAAAGCAUUAGAUACCCAGAUUUGCAUGAAAAAAUAUCUGGAUACAAGUUCAGAGUUUCAAGAAGAAAGAAAAGUUAGCCCUAAAACCACUACUUUGGUUCCAUUUCAAAAUCACCAGGAAGUAAAUCCAUCUUUGUUGUUGCAAUCGCCAAACCCAGAUAGUGUUCAGCUUUUUAAAUUUCACGGAACGAACAAGAUUCUUGAUAUGGAUGAAAAUAAACUACGGAAGCGACGUCAGAAUGAACUUUUGUUUAAAAAUCAAAUGAAAAUGGCUGUUGAAAGGCGCGAAAAAGAAUGUGCGGCAAGAAUGGCUUUAAGAAAAGAAGAAUUAGAGAUGCUAAAGAGAACGAGGAAUGACCUUUUACAAGAAUCGUUCAUUCGAAAUCAUUUCAAUGUGACACAAAGGCUUGAGUUGGAAAAGAGUUGGUGCGCUCAUUGGAAAAAAAAAGACGUAGGAGAGGUUGAUGAGAGAAUUCGUAAUCAAUCACCUGGACUUCUGCUACAUGACCAAUGCGAAAAAUAUUAUAAAUGUUCCCAGUGCUUUAGAAAACCCACUAAUUACGGAAAAUCAAAUGUUUGGUCCGAAUCGCGAUAUGUCUCUGGAUCAAGAAUAAUGCUCUAAUUUUUUUUCAACAAUAUUUUUUUACUGUUUUUUUUUUUUUAAAUAAUCUAUUAAUUCUAUGGUUUGUUUUAUUUAUCUUUUAUCCAUGAAACAUUUUUUUAUGUUUUGAACUAUCAUUAGCGUUUUAGCAUUGUAAAUAUUUCUAAACAGCGAAAUAUACAGCUAGAAAAAUUUAAUAUA